AUGGGUCGCAAGAAAAUUGAGAUGAAGAAGAUUGAUGAUGAAACAGCACGACUUGUAACCUUCUCGAAGCGGCGACUAGGCCUUUUCAAGAAGGCUAGUGAGCUUUCCAUCCUAUGUGGUGCUGAGGCUGCCAUCCUUGUCUUCUCUGAGUCUGACAAGGUAUACUCCUUUGGCCACCCAUGUGUCUACUCCGUGGUAGACAAGUUCCUCAUCCAAAACAUUUUACCUGAAGAAACUUUCCCUCGAGUUAUGGAUAAUCUUCGAGGAAACAGGAUCCAUGAGCUCAACCAAGAGAUGACAGAGCUUCAUAUCCAGUUGGAAGAGGAGAAGAAGAGAAGGGAAACCCUUCUUACACAGGGUGGCCCUUGGUUGGAAACAGCGAUUGAGAACCUGGAUAUGCCUCAGCUUAAGCAACUAAUGCUUUCAAUUGGAGAGCUUAGAAAAAAUGCAAUCAAGCAAGUUAAUAUGAUAGCUAGGAACUCAACCCAAGCUGCUGAGCCCUUGGCAGCUAGAUCGGCCGCAAAUAAUAGUGAUGUUUUUCCUCAUGGUUAUGAUUAUGAACGUGGGCAUUUCUGAAUUGCUACCCCCUACCUGCAUGGAUGCAGUUGAGGAGUGUCUAACUGCC